AUGCCCAGCGCCACAGAGGGCCAGGGCCAGGACCGGGACCCAGACCGGGACCAGGGUUGGGACACAGACAGAGACAGAGACAGAGACAGAGACAGAGACAGAGGCAGAGACAGAGACAGAGAACGCAGGCGCAGCCAGCAGUCCUGCUCUUGGCGGUCCCGUUCCCGGACCCCGGAGAGGAAGAAAGGGAGGUCCCGACACCGUCCCGGGAGCAGGAGCCAGAGCCCCCCCAAGGACCCAAAGGACCCCUGGGACCAGGUUGAGGAGGGGAGCCUGGCCAGGUGGCGGGACAAGCGCGUGGACCGCCCAUCAGCUGAGGAGCCGGCCAUUGGCCACAUAUACGCAGGAAAGGUCACCAACAUCCUGCAGUUCGGGUGCGUUGUGCAGCCGGAGGGGCUCAGGAAGCGGUGGGAAGGCCUGGUGCACAUCUCCGAGCUGCAGCGCGAGGCCCGCGUGGCCAACGUGGCGGACGUGGUGAGCAAAGGCCAGCGGGUCAAGGCCAGAGUGCUGUCCUUCACUGAGACCAGAACCAGCCUGAGCAUGAAGGAUGUGGACCAGGAGAGCGGAGAGGAUCUGAACAAAAGUGAGUGGUGCCGGGAGAGGCGGAGGCGGCGGCGGCAGCAGCAGGAGCCACGGUGGCGGCAGCGGUGGUACAACCUGGUCAGGGAGACCGGGGAGGAGACCUCCACGCAGAACCCAGACAGACCCAGCCACCUGCUGCUCAUGGGCACCCCGAAGGUGGAGGACGACCGGCUGGAGAGCAAGGGCCUCCUCACAGCCAUCUCGGAUCUCGAGAAGUGGGAGAUCAAACAGAUGACUGUGGCCGACGUCCUCUCCAAAGAGGAGUUUCCAGACUUUGACGAGGAGACAGGCAUCCUCCCGCAGCUGGGCGGUGAGCAAGAUGAGGACCUGGAGAUCCAGCUGGUGGACGAGGAGCCCCCGUUCCUGCAGGGCCGCACGAAGCGCAGCAGCGGGGACACGAGCCCCGCCGUCAAGGUGGUGAAGAACCCGGACGGCUCGCUGUGGCGGGCCGCCAUGAUGCAGAGCGCGCUGGCCAAGGAGGCCCAUGAGUGGACCAUCCACACCGACGUGCUGUUCGGGCUGCUGAAGGAGACCGUGCAGAAGCGGCGGGACAUGAAGCUGAUCGUCACCUCGGCCACACUGGACGCGGUGAAAUUCUCCCAGUAGUUCUGCGAGGCCCCCAUCUUCACCGUGCCGGGCCGCGCGUACCCCGUGGAGAUCCUGUACGCCAAGGAGCCCGAGACCAACUACCUGGAUGCCAGCCUGAUCACUGCCAUGCAGAUCCACCUCAGCGAGCUGCCAGGUGACAUCCUGGUCUUCCUGACUGGGCAGGAGGAGAUCGACAUGGCCUGCAAGAUCCUGUACAAGAGGAUGAAGUCCCUGGGCCCCGACGUCCCCGAGCUGAUCAUCCUGCUCAUGUACUCUGCCCUGCCCAGCGCCAUGCAGACCCGGAUCUUCAACCCGGCCCCACCAGGCAGCAGGAAGGUCGUGAUGGCCACCAACAUCACGGAGACCUCGCUGACCAUCGACGGAAUCUACUACGUGGUGGACCCGGGGUUUGUGAAGCAGAGGGUCUACGACUCCAAGAUGGGCGUGGACCAGCUGGUGGUGACGCUCAUCUCACAGGCCCAGGUGAAGCAGUGCACUGGCAGGGCUGGCUGCAUGGGCCCCAGGAGGUGCUACCGGCUGUACACGGAGCGCUCCUACCGCGACAAGAUGCUCUCCAACAAUGUGCCCGAGAUCCAGAGGACCAAGCUGGCCAGCACCGUGCUGUCCCUCAGGGCCAUGGGCGUCAACGACCUGCUGUCCUUCGAC